CCCGGCUCCAUUCUUGGUCUUGAGACCUUCUCACAAUCCUUUCACCAAAAACGCACAAACGUAGCAAAAUUAUUGAAUUUUCAUCUUCCUCUAUAAUAUCAAUAACUUAUUUAUUAGUGAUGGAGAACCAAAAUGCAGUAAUGGGGUGCAGUGAUAGGCACCUAAAUAGCUUUAUUAGUCAGUUAUUUAAAAACCCACUGACCUCUAAAACGUUCACCCAAUCCUUUGAACUCAUUAAGACAACAUUAUCCAUAAGUAUUGAUGAUGCACCUACUGUCGAAUUCUUUGCGGUCUGCCGCGCCUAUGCCCAACCUAUAAUAUUAGUAUUAAUGGAUGCAGCAUAGGGCAGUCUCGGUACAGUUCCAAAGAUAUUUAAGGGACUACCUUUUUGGUAAUUCCAAUAUUAACAGUCCCCCUGGGACCAAAACCGAGGCUGCUUUCCAAAGCUAUAUCGCCCGAAUCUGCGAGUGUGGAUUCACCUUGCGAAUUCCGAGAUGCACUAUUUUACUCUCUCGUGACCCGCAACCUAGUAGGUCUUGUCACCCCAUACGUCUACAGUGUGGAGUGGAUUUUACUGGAUCUAUUAUAAACCAAACAGAGGUGCCAAGCCCAACACUGAUCAUUUAUGAUGGUAAUUUCAUAUCCCUGGGCAGCCAGGAUCAUGAUUUGGAUGAUAUAAUGAAUGGCCUUGUACUGCCCUUCGCGAUUACAGAAAUGAAUAAGAAAGUACAAUCGAUUAACAUCCCGGCUCUCUUGUCCCCCUGGGGGCCUGAGCUUCCCAUGUUCCAUGUUGUCAUCCGAAAACACCAUCUUCUCAUAUAUUCUGCACUGAGCAGAAUAUCUAGGAGCAUUCCAACCUCGUUCAACAACUGGCCAACUGGUAUAUUUAUUGGGGUAGACACAGCCCUUCUCACUGUUGCACAAAACUUGGUUUCUGAACACGUUGAACUGGACCAGGACAGCUUUAGUCUGCUGGGCAUACUCAGUGCUGAAAGUCGUAUCAGCAUUGAACCUCUCUCGAAUAUUAAAAUCAAGGGUGAUGAGCCGGAGACUGUUAUAACCGUCCUUUCUGCAGAUGCUAUAGUAAAGCUCACACUGCAUAUGCCCUGGCCAAUCCCAAAUUUGAUCCUGGGGUUCCGUUUUUGUGGCAUAGCCGACAUCAGUCUCCAUGUUGCUCACAGUAACGGGUGCCUAUCAAUGAACAUAAGUUUAGACAACUUGGAAAUUAAUCAGCACCUGAUAGGCAUCCCAGAAUGGGCGAAUUCCCUGAUAUAUGGCUGGAUUAGUCACUUGGAAGCUAGGCUAUACUUCAUGCUGACAAACCUUGUAUUGCGACAGCUGCAUAUUUCUAGGCUGCCUCCAGUUCACGUCACAGAUGUGGAGGGACUCAGUGUUUUCAUUCAGCCAGAAGCCCUCAAGGUAGUGCAGUUAAGCCCUUCUGCAGAACCUUUCAUAAUGGCGUCCGGCCUACCCCUCAUCCUUCGCCGGUAACGGAACCAAUGGGCAGGAUGCUCGUGCAUGAAAUUUCAUUGACCAAGUUGUCCUCAGUCCUUCUUCCAUUAUACCUCGUCUCUCAGCGUCAGUAUCAGGUCAUUAUUGGAGUGCAAUGUACACAAAGUCUAUAUCCGACGAUAUUUUGGUAUAACAUAUCUACGUAUAUCAUAUUCCUUAUAUAGCACCAUAGGGCGCUGAGCAUGAUAUAAAAUACAAAUCCAGAUAUUAUGGCAGUGGAGAUCUGUUAUUCUGGGUCAUGCUUAGUAACAUAGAAACAUCAUUACAGUGCAG